AUGCCGGACAGCAUCCUCUCUGCCGCCCUCCUUGACCGUUCUGUGGCCGCCCUGGGAAUCUGCAAGCGCCGCGCCCGGCACCGCAUCCGCGCGCUCCUGCAGACACAGAUCUGCCAAGGUGGAGAGCUGGUCUUCAACAGACAGAUGCGCAGAUCAUUGUCCGUGGACCAUGGCGUGCUCAUCCGACUCACAACGGAAGAUGCUGUUCGGGAGGUCUCCAACCUCCUGCUGACCUCCUGGUCUAUUGCAGCAGCUCGACGCUCUGCAUCGUCGGCCGGAGGGGCCUCUACGACUCUUCAAGCGCUGCAGUCAGGUCUUCACUCCCUGAAGCGGAAGUUGCACGUGGAGCUUUAUGCCACAGGCAAAAGCACCCAGCCGCAAGACUCGGCAGCCCUGGCUGCGCUAGUCGCAUCCGGGGAGGAGGCGGCGACGAAGGCGGUCGAGCGGGCUGCCGCUGCAAGGGACAAGGUCCUGAAGCCCUUGGAGCAGGAGCACACGGCCCUCAUCUCCGAGAGCAAGGCUGCGACGACAGCACUGAAGGCUGCUGUUGAAAAAGUACAGCCGGAGGUCGAUGCUAUCAAGAGGAAGCAUCAAGAUGAGGCCAAGCAGGCUGAGGAGAAGCUUCGUGAAGAAAGGAAGCAGAAGCACGAGCAAACGGUCGCGCUUCACAAGAUUGCCAUCAGCACGCAGAUCGAAAAGGAGCGUUUGGAGGCUGGCCUUGUGGACAAGAGCAGGCCAAAGGUUGCCUGCUACAAGAAAGUCUUCGCGAACGUUAAGGAACUGCAGCAAGAGCUCAAGGAUUUGGAGGUCAGCGGCACGGCAAACCGGAAGAGCCAGGGCAUUCUGCAGCACACUCUGCGAGCCCUCGAGUCCCGGGCAGUCAAGGCGGAAAGCGACGCCAAGGCGAAGGUGCUCUUCGGCGAAGAGGAGCAAGAUGUCAAGGACUUCAAACCCAGCGCUCAGGUGCUCAAAAAGCAAGAGAAGAGCGUGGAGCAAGAGGAGCAGUUCCAAGUCCAGCUCGAGUCCGAGGUGCAUAGCCUCCGUGCAGAUCUGGAAGCGAAAGCCAGCCGCGAGGCGGGCUCUCUCGGUGCGCAGCUGCGCCGGGAGGCAGAGGAGUUGGGCCAGGCAGCCGCAUCCGUGGAACGUCGCAUCGUCAGCUGGCAGGAGCGGGCGGAUGCCGUUCGGCAGUGGCUGGCAGAGGUGGUGCCAGUGGCAAAGUCUGCAUCGCGGAUAGUCACGGCGGCAGAUUUCGUCAAGGCACCGCUAGUUAGCAUCUGGCAUGGCCCGACUUGGAGUAAGCCUGGUGGGGCAGCAAAUGCGGUCACGCUUAUCCUUUGCUGGUGCACUGCCGCUUUGCCCGAGUCCGCACACGCCUACGGGGCCUGCCUCCGGGCAGUGGCUAAGCAGGUGAUCUCCCUCCUCAGCGAGGCAGAGAACGUUGCUCGAGGGGCCUCCUCCCCGCGCGAAGGCGACCUGGCCCCGCAUCUGCAGCGGCUCAAGUCGACCCUGAAGGCACUUGGCGAGCUGCGGGUGACUUUCCCGGAUCCGCCAGAUGUGCGGAGCUCGCCCAGCGCGGCCAAGGGGAGGAAGCGGCUCUAUGGCAGGGAGGAUGGCGAGGAAGACGAUGCAGAGUCCACAGAAGCUCCAAAGGCCGGCAGCCAGGGCUCGAGGAAGAACUCCAUCAGCAGCCCUCCGCCUCUGCCACUCUCAAGUGUGGAGGGAGGCGAGGACGCGGAAACGGACACGCCGCGCGAGGACAGUGAGGGAAGAAGUUGUGAUCCAAGCUCUCGAGCGAUGGCCUCUGGUGAGCUCCGGCUUCGUGUGCUGCAGGUCGGUGACCUGCGCAUGAGAGUGGCCGAGCAGGGCGAUCCCGCCAACCCACUGGUGUUACUCAUCCAUGGCUGGCCCGAAUGCUGGUUCUCGUGGCGCUGGCAGCUGCCUGCUCUGGCAGAGGCUGGGUACUACGCAGUGGCGCCGGACAUGCCGGGAUAUGGAGGCACAGACUCCCCCAAGGAGGUUGCUCGCUACGAUUCCAGGAGCAUAGGUCAGGACCUGCUGUCACUCCUAGGAGCUCUGGGAAAGGAUUGCUAUGCCCUUGUUGGCCAUGACUGGGGCGCCCUCCAUGUAUGGUUUAUUGGCAGCCUCUUUCCGGAAGCCUUCCCUCGGCUUUGUGCUAUGAGCGUGCCGCCGCAAAUCCUCCACGGCCAGCAGCCUCCCGUGGUCGAGCUAGCUGCGAGACACGGUCCCAACUUCAAUUACAUCGUCUACCAUAACGAGUACACCCGCUACGGAGAGUCCUGGCCUGUCCACGACCCCUCAGCUGUCUCUGGCCCAGCAGAUCAAGAAUAUGAUGCCGAUCCAGAGAACUUUCUUCUCCGAAUCUAUCUUUCUGGUUCAUUGGGGACUUCCGAAGUGAAAGCCAUCCCCCUGGAGGCUGAUCGCAACACGGAUCUGAAGCGUUCCAGUGGUGGAUGCCGCACGCGCCUUCCGCAGCCGGUCAGGGGGGCACCUUUGCCCUCCUGGCUUCCCCGCCCUGCCUUGGACCGCUUCGCCGACGAGUUUCGAAAGUCGGGAUUUCGCGGGGGGCUGAACUACUAUCGCUGCCUGGAUCGAAAUUGGGCGCAGGUUCAGGAGCCGUUGGAGAAGAGAGGACGGAAAGUCCUGCAACCUCUCUUAUUCAUCGCUGGGGAGCUCGACACCGUCAUCCACACGAAUGGUGGCAUGGAAGCUUCGACGGCCGCGCUUCGCAAGACGUGCGCCGACCUUCGUGGGAUCGUCUACAUCCCAGACUGCGGUCACUGGAACACACAGGAGAAGCCACACGAAACCAAUGUCGCACUCCUCGGAUUCGUGGAUUCAACGAAAGAUCUGGGCAGAGGGCCCGCGCCGACCAGCCGGCUCUAG